UAAAAAUGGAGGGAAGGGAAACAUGCGGAUUUGUUGAAGUCGUUAUAUACUGAUUGGUGGUGAGUGUUGUUGGCAGAACUCCAGGGUCUCCGAGACGUAAUUCAGAUAUCUGAUAACAAAGAGAACAUGAAAACUGACGUCCCUAAAGUAAGAUGGUGCAUGCCGGAGGGCGCCCCCUCGCAUCACCAGUCAACGACAAUUUCGAGCGCCUGGAAUGAGUUGACAACAACUCGAAUCGCUACUACUGGAAAUGCAAACAUUGCGGCGACACAAACCAUCUUAUCAAGCGCUGUAAAAAUGCAACUAAUUCGUGCAAACCUUCGACGCCACAGCACCGUAAAAGCCGUGGAGGCUGGGAAGUCUCGACAUGCUUACGUGCACACUCGGCUUGAAGAGGUUGGCAUUGCUGACGAGACUACACAGGAUCUUGAAGCAUCCUUCGCGUGGGUACCUCCACUCUCGACCGAGCCUUGUGAUGCAGAUGACCCUCUGCUGGUCCAGAGAGUAUCUCGCCUGACGAUAUUGCUAGUGAAUUUGCAGCUCUCGAAAAGUUGAAAGGGACUGAAGAAGUUCAGAGCAUUAACGAAGUUGAAGUGCUCCAAGGAAAUGCUUUUGAUUUUGACAAGUUGGAUCGGGUCGAACAAGGAAUAAUACCACAGCUAUUCUAGAAUCUGGAUGAGGUUGAGGUGGUCAAUUACAAUGGCGAGGG